ACCACGAUCCAGCCCGGGGGACAACGGCUCAUGGGGGACCAUGCAAGCUAUCGGAUCCACAUUAGCUUACAUUCAACAACAACAACAAAUAGAGACGGGCACGAGCAACAGAGCAAGGCUGCUGCCGCCGACUUUUUCCUGAUCUCGCUUCGGGACUUGCCGAGGGCCGCCGCCGCGAGCAGCACCACUGCUGCUGCUGCUGCUGGUUACCAACACGCACCGGACCCCCGCCUCUCCCAACUGACCAUUGCUGCGCUCGACAUGCCGUCGCCCAGCACUGCAGCAGCCGAUGCCAAGCAGAGCAGAGCGAUGCAUUCAACAGACGCAAAGCACAAGGCGACGACGCCCGUGGCCCGCUUCGAGAAGCAGAGCUCCUUCGCCGUCGACACGGUCGAUGUGUCUUUUGGCAUCGUGCACAUGUUCCGCGACGAUGAUGUCGCCCAGCAGGCGUCGUCUGCGUCCGCGUCCGCGUCGUUGAAGCAACAACAAAGCUCGACGCUGAGCCGCAUCAAGACCAAGACGGCGCUCGAGGACGACAGCGGCACCAUCCUCGCCCUGCUCGGCGUGCCGUCGAUCAUGGGGCCGGCCGAGGUGCUGCGCUUCGUCAACCGCGCCGAGUCGGCCAUCAGUCAGGUCAGAAUGGUCCGCGAGGAGCGCGCGGGAAAGUGCAUGGUGCUGCUCAAGUUCCGCGACGCCGCCAAUGCGGAGGAGUUUCACAAGAUGUACGCCGACCGGCCCUUUGACGUGUCGGGCUCCGACGGCCAGGAAGACGGCGGCGGCGAGGGGCACCAGACGCUGUGCCGAGUCGUGUAUGUCACGGCGGUGACCAUGAGCACGUCGGCGAGCCUGCCGUACGCCUACCCGCUCCUGGCCAACAGCGACCCGUGGCCCCUGCCGCCUGGCUCGGCUUCUUCCGCUGCAGGCGGGCAUGGCGGCAGCAGUGGCGUCGAGAUGCCCACGUGCCCCGUGUGCCUCGAGAGGAUGGACGCGAGCGUGACGGGCCUCAUGACGGUGACGUGCCAGCACACGUUCCACUGCUCGUGCCUGGGCCGGUGGACCGACUCACGCUGCCCCGUGUGUCGCUACACGCAGUCGAGAGGCCACUCUGCGUUUGCGCACCGCCACGAGGACGAGGGAUGCUCCAUCUGCCACACCCAGGCCGAUCUCUGGGUCUGUCUCAUCUGUGCCACCGCUGGGUGCGGGCGGUACAAGGCCGGCCACGCGCACGCGCACUACAAGGAGACGGGCCACCUCUUUGCGCUGGACGUCGAGACGGAGCGUGUGUGGGACUACGGCCGAGACGGUUAUGUGCAUCGGCUUAUCCAGAACAAGGCCUCGUCGUCGUCGUCGUCUUCCUCGAAGCGCCACUCGGACGGGCCGACGCCGAGGGGUACGCAGCAGGAGCAAGAGCAGCAGGAGCCAGAAGGAAGCUCGACAAAGACGCGGAAAAAGGCCGCGGAGGAGGAAGAGGACGAAAAGAUGGAGGCGCUGGGCCUCGAGUUCAGCCAGCUCGUGUCGAGCCAGCUGGAGUCGCAGCGGGGCUUCUACGAGGACCAGCUGCGGAGCAUGGAGACGAAGCUGAUUGAGCUCGAGAUCCACGCGGCGCAGUCGAGCGACGACCUCCGUGCGCGCAGGCUCGGCGAGGAGGCCGCCAGGAGGGAGGCGGCCGAGGCCAAGAGCCGCGCCGAGCAUCUGGCGCGUGCGGCUGAAAAGAACGCCGAGCGGGCCAAGGACCUCGACGUGGAGCUCAAGGCCGAGCGGCAGAUGAGCAAGGGCCUCGUCGAGCGGCUGAGGCGCGUCGAGGAGCAGCAGGCCAAGGAGGACUGGGCGGCGCUCAAGCGCGACAACGAGGAGCUGCGGGAGCAGGUGCGCGACCUCAUGUUCUUUCUCGAUGCCAAGACAAAGGUCGAGCAGGAGGGCGGCGAGGAGAUGCGCGGCGGCGACGUCGUCGUGGGCAAGUCGUCGGAGAAGAAGAAGAAAAAGAACAAGCGACGAAAGGGAAAGGCAACGGCCACGGUGGGUGGGACGUCGAGCCAGGCUGAGCACGACAAGGAAGGGAGCGAAGGCGAGGAAGAGGAGGAGGAAGAAGAAGGUGGAGACGACGAUGAUCAAAACAGAGAACCCCCAACUGUACAAUAACAAAUUGCAAUUGUAGAUAUCUAGGAUGACGAUGCAACGACAGAGUCAAGAAAGGUCCAGA